AUGGAAGCAGAACAAGCUGAAUUUCGGUGUGAUGCAGGUUUUCGUGUCUUCGAAUCCAGAGAGCUAACUGUCGCCACUGAUAAUUUCAGUCCAGGACGUGUAUUAAAUGAAGGAAAAUUAGGACGAGUGUAUAAGGGAAUUCUCAAAGACGGACAGGAAGUUGCUGUGAAAAGGUUUGCUAAGCAGACAGAUUUGUGGGGAGAGGUUCGAAUGCUCAGCUGCCUGGACCAUCCUAACCUUGUCAAGUUGAUAGGUUACUGUGACGAAGGGAAAGAUCAUAUGAUUGUUUGUGAAUAUAUGCCUUUACGAUCGCUGAAUCUUCAUUUACAUGACAUUAAACCUGGAAAAAAGCCUCUAGACUGGAAGACUAGGAUGAAGAUAGCAGAAGGUGUUGCUAGGGCUUUAGAAUAUUUGCAUCAUGGAAUGGAUCCUCUUAUAAUCUACAAUUGCCUGGAAGUAUCCAAAAUUUUACUAAAUGAAAAUUAUAAUCCAAAGCUGUCAGAUUUCGGUUGUGCAGAAAUUGCUAUUCCAGUGGAUCACUGCAGGGUCCGUACAAAGCCGGCAGUUGGUUAUGUUAGUCGAGAGUAUACUACGACUCGCAACAUCACUUCGAAAUCUGAUGUCUACUGUUUUGGUGUUGUUUUGCUUGAGUUGAUCUCUGGGCAGAAAGCAUUUGAUGCAACCAGAAACGGAGAGCGAGAUAUUGUUGCAUGGGCACGGCCAAUGCUCAGGGACAAACAAGCUGAAUUUCGGUGUGAUGCAGGUGUUCGUGUCUUCAAAUUGAGAGAGCUUAUUGUCGCCACUGAUAAAUUCAGUCCAGGACGCGUAUUAAAUGAAGGAAAAGUAGGACGUGUGUAUAAGGGGAUUCUCAAAGACGGACAGGUAAGAGUUGUUAAUUAUCUACCCUUUGCAAGCUUAGAGCAACCACAGUCACGACCAAAUUUGAGGACUACACCCAAAUUUGGUCACAGAGUAAGCCGCAGUGGAAGGGACUAA